AUGCCGACAAGAACAUCCCCCGGCGACGGCGGGCCCCUCGCCACUCCGCCCCCGUCCACCGACAAGGUAGAGAUGACCGCCACCCUCAACAACCAUACAGACAGCAUUAUACCCACCCCGGGUGGUGUCGUUCGUGUCAGGCCAUUCCGGUCGUCCAGCAAUGCACAGCUCAAAGCCGUGCUCAGUUUCACACCCAGAGUAUCCGCCUUGGACCGGCACAACACAUCGUCACAGACCGACCAGUUUAGAGGCUUCUUUGUCCUCUUUUGGAUAGGACUUGCUCUUCUCUUCCUGAGAACAACUAUAGAAUCGUGGGAGACGAACCGCACACCUCUGUCAUGGACAUUCGGCCGCCUCAUCACGGGCGACGCACUCGUACUCGCCAUUUCUGAUGGUAUUAUGGUACUCUCGAUGUUUUUGUGCGUCCCGUUUGUCAAAGCCUUGCAAUACGGCUGGUUUGACUACAACUGGACUGGGUCUGUCAUACAACACGUAUUUCAAUCCUUAUAUCUGGCGAUUGCCGUGUGGUGGGGCUACCACAGGCAAUGGUAUUGGGUGCAGUCGGGAUUCUUGGUAUUGCGUGAGUACCCUGACACAAUGCAGAUGCACUCCUACAUGGCCCACAAUGGAAUGCUCGCCACAGUGUCCCGACGACUCCAAAAGGAAAAGAGCCGUCUAGAACAAGUCAUCUCAGAGUACCCUGGAGGAAGAGAAGCUCUACUGCGAGAGGCAGGGGCCCGCAAGGCGGAUUUGGAAGCAGAGGAGGCAGAACACGAAGGCAACCGAGAGGCCUCUGUACCGUUGGGUACCCCGGCUGGAGAGAUGACCCCUGUGGAAGUACCUCUGCCCUCUGCGGGCUACGAAGACCCCAGUGCUCUUCCAAAGAAAGCACAGGCUACUGUCUCGGAGCUCGAGUCUGUCGGCACCUCCACUGCCAAGGAAUCCGCGUCCCGUUCGGAAGCCCGUAAACGACUGCACAUUGACCCGCCCAAGCAAAGACCCUAUGCCAAAGACGCUCUACCCUCUCCCCGACCCGAUCUUCCUCUGGGAACAUCCCUUGAGCCCUCCCACACCACCUCCCCCCACAGUCUCAGCCCGCCAGGUGCUCUCGCUUGGUCGUCAAACGAGGAGGUUGCGCUCUUGGCGACAAACAUUGACGCCAUGCAGGAAGAGCUGAAGAGUAACGGAGAUUCGGGAGUGGUGUGGCCUCAAAACGUGACUUAUAAAAACUUUUGGGAGUUUAUGCUUUUCCCUACUCUGGUGUAUCAGCUCGAGUACCCGAGAACCGAAACUAUGCGGCCACUGGUGGUUCUUGAAAAGAUCGUCGCCACGUUUGGCACCUUUUCUCUGAUCUACACCAUUACCGAACACUAUAUCAUGCCCCAUCUGCCAAAAGAGGGCGAUUCGCUUUCUUUGAUCAAGAGCUUUAUCAGUCUUGCUCUGCCUAUGAUUAUCAAUUAUCUGCUCAUCUUCUAUAUCAUAUUCGAGUGUGUUUGCACUGGAUUUGCAGAGCUGUCAUACUUUGCCGACCGGGAAUUCUACCAGGAUUGGUGGAACUCUACAUCUUGGGACCAAUUCUCUCGCAAGUGGAACAAGCCUGUACACACCUUUCUCCUGCGCCACGUAUACGCCUCUACCAUGUCUUCCCUCCAGCUCUCCCGCACGUCCGCUGCUUUCGUCACAUUCCUUCUGUCCGCCCUCUGCCACGAACUCGUCAUGGCGGUCGUGACUAAAAAGAUCAGGCCUUAUCUGUUCCUCAUGCAGAUGGCGCAGCUUCCUAUGAUUGCAUUGGGCAGACUGCCGGUGGUGAAGCGAAACAAGACGAUAGGCAAUAUCGUGUUUUGGAUAGGCCUGAUGAUGGGAUUCCCGUUACUGUGA